AGGCGCGGGACGGCGGGAGCAAUGGCUCACCGGCUGCUGCACGGCACCCUCCACGCCACCAUCUUGGAGGCCGACAAGCUCACCGACCCCACCCGCGCCACCGGCGGCGCCCCCCAGAUCUUCCGCAAGUUUGUGGCAGGGAUCGAGGAGUCCAUCGGGCGCGGCAAGGGGUCGACGCAGCUGUACGCGACGAUCGACCUCGGCAGGGCGCGGGUGGGCCGGACGCGGGUCAUCACCGGCGACCCGGAGAACCCGCGGUGGUACGAGGAGUUCCACAUCUACUGCGCGCACUUCGCCGCCGACGUCGUCUUCUCCGUCAAGGUGGCGCAGCCCAUCAGCGCCACGCUCAUCGGCCGCGCCUACCUCCCCGUCAGGGACCUCCUCGACGCCCAGGGCCAGGAGAUCGAGCGCCGGCUCGACGUCGUGGACACGAGGAAGAAGAAGCUCUCGCACGGGCCCACGAUACACGUGCGGCUCAGGUUCUGCGACGUCACCGCCAACCGCCGCGAGUGGGGCUCCGGCGUCGGCGGCGCGCGGAACCCCGGCGUGCCGUACACCUUCUUCUCGCAGCGGCCCGGGUGCAGGGUCACGCUGUACCAGGACGCGCACGUCCCGGACGCGUUCGCGCCCAGGAUCCCGCUCGCCGGCGGCCGGACCUACCAGCAGGGGCGGUGCUGGGAGGACGUGUUCGACGCCAUCAGCGACGCGCGCCACCUCAUCUACAUCACCGGCUGGUCGGUGUACACCGAGAUCACGCUCAUACGGGACGGCUCCCGGCAGCGGCCCGGCGGGGACGCCACCCUCGGCGAGCUCCUCAAGCGCAAGGCCAGGGAGGGCGUGCGCGUGCUCAUGCUCGUCUGGGACGACCGCACCUCCCUCCAGUCCCUCGGCCUCACCUGGGGGUACAUGGGCACGCACGACGCCGAGACGGCGCAGUACUUCAGCGGCAGCGACGUGCAGUGCGUCCUCUGCCCGCGGAACCCCGACGCCGGCCGGAGCGUCCUCAUGGGCACGCAGAUCGCCUUCAUGAUCAGCCACCACCAGAAGAUCAUCGCCGUCGACCACGAUAUGCCCGUGAGGGGCGGCUCCACCCGCCGCCGCAUCGUCAGCUUCGUGGGCGGCCUCGACCUCUGCGAUGGCCGCUACGACACGCAGUUCCACUCCCUGUUCAGGACGCUGGACACCGCGCACCACAACGACUUCCACCAGCCCAACUUCGCCGGCACGUCCAUCGGCUGUGGCGGGCCGAGGGAGCCGUGGCACGAUAUCCACUCCAAGAUCGAAGGCCCCGCCGCGUGGGACAUUCUCUACAACUUCGAGCAGAGGUGGAGGAUGCAAGGUGGUGCCAAGGACCUCCUCGUUGAUCUGAAGGCCAUGGAGAACCUCAUCAUACCGCCAUCGGCGGUGACAUUCCCCGAUGACCAGGAGGCAUGGAAUGUGCAGCUGUUCCGCUCCAUCGACGGUGGCGCGGCGUUUGGCUUUCCUAGCACCCCCGAGGCGGCUGCUCGGUCCGGCCUUGUCAGUGGCAAGAACAAUACCCUUGACAGGAGCAUCCAGGACGCCUACAUCCACGCCAUACGCCGCGCAAAGCACUUCGUCUACAUCGAGAAUCAGUACUUCCUUGGUAGUUCUUUCGGGUGGAAAGCCGACGGCAUAAACCCGGGAGAUGUCGAAGCGCUGCAUCUGAUUCCCAGAGAGCUUUCGCUCAAGAUUGUUAGCAAGAUUGAGGCUGGUGAACAUUUCGCGGUCUAUGUUGUGGUGCCAAUGUGGCCGGAAGGUGCUCCUGAAAGUGAGUCCGUUCAGGCAAUACUAGACUGGCAGAGAAGGACGAUGGACAUGAUGUACUACGACAUCGCCAUUGCACUUGAGGGCAAGGGGAUCGACGCCAACCCCAAGGAUUACCUCACCUUCUUUUGCUUAGGGAACAGGGAGGUGAAGAGGAGCGGUGAGUAUGAACCUGCAGGUCGCCCAUUGGAUGGAUCAGCGUAUGAAAGGGCACAGAAGGCUCGGAGGUUCAUGAUCUAUGUUCACUCCAAGAUGAUGAUAGUUGACGAUGAGUACAUCAUCGUUGGGUCUGCCAAUAUAAACCAGCGGUCAAUGGACGGGGGCAGGGACACCGAGAUUGCCAUGGGCUCAUUCCAGCCGCACCACCUCAACACGAAAGGCCAGGUUGCCAGAGGUCAGAUCCAUGGUUUCCGGAUGUCGCUGUGGUAUGAGCACCUCGGCAUGCUGCACAACGAUUUCAUCAACCCAGGAAGCGUGGAGUGCGUCCGGAGGGUGAACAAGAUGGCAGACAAGUACUGGGACCUCUACGCCAGCGAUGAGCUGAACGACGACCUCCCCGGGCACCUCCUCACCUACCCGGUCGCGGUGACGAAGGACGGCACCGUGACAGAGCUGCCCGGGGCAAGAUGCUUCCCUGACACGCGGGCUCCGGUGCUCGGAGUGAAGGCUACACACCUCCCUCCUUAUCUCACCACAUAGGGCAGCAAAAAUUCUGCACUUGCAGAGUUGCAGUCUCUGCAAUGCUAGGUUCUGCUUUUCUAUCUAGAUAUGAUGAACUUUCAGCGUUGUAAGCCUAUUAUUUACCCACAACUGGAAGCAGGGUAAGAUUAUUGUACUGCUGAUAUGUGAUGUUUAUAGUCAGAAUAUAUAGCUUCAGCUUAUCUGAA